AUGUCUCUCAAGUAUUUACUAGUGUUAUUCCUAGGCCUGGUGCUCCUCACCACCACCAUUGCGGAGGAGCUUGACCACGGCCACCACCCAUUCAAGAAGGAAAGGCCCCCAAAGGAGCACAAGCCGCCCCACAAGCACCACCCCGGCGGUGGCCGCCUCCUCUUGGAGUAUGCUGAGGAAGAUGGACACAAGCCGUUCCCCAAGCACAAGCCUCCACAUCACCACCACCCUCACGGCCACAUCCUCACUGAGGACGUAGCUGAGGAGGACCACAAGCCGUUCCCCGAACACAAGCCGCCCAAGAAGGAGGACAAGCCACCAAAGGGUAAGGGUGACAAGCCGCCGAUGGAGCACAAGCCACCAUUCGAGCACCACCCAGAGCCGAAGCCAAAGGGCCCUCCUUUCCACGACAAGCCACCAAAGGGUAAGGGCGAGAAGCCGCCGAUGGAGCACAAACCCCCGUUUGAGCAUCCCCCGGAGAAGAAGCCAAAGGGCCCUCCUUUCCCCCACAAGCCACCCCACAAGCCUCCUCACAAGCCUCCCACUGAGAAGUGA